GGAGAGAUAUAUACUAUUAAAGACUUGUGGAUCGAGUUAUAAAAAAAGCUAUUGAAAUAGAGAUAGUGCCGUGACAGAGAUCGGAUAGUAGAGGAGGAGGAAGAAGAAGAAGAGAAGAUGAGGAUUUUCGUUAAGACUUUGAAGGGCACUACCUUCGACCUCGAAGUGAAACCUGAAGACACGAUUGCUGAUGUCAAAAAGAAUAUAGAAACUACUCAGGGGGUAGAUGUUUAUCCUGCUGGAAAACAGAUGCUUAUUUAUCAGGGGAAAGUCCUUAAAGAUAACACAACAAUUGAUGAAAGCAAGGUUGCUGAAAACAGUUUUGUUGUGAUCAUGUUAACAAAGAAUAAGAGCUCAGCUGGGGAGGGUUCCACUGCACCAACUUCUUCUACAACUAAGGCACGUCAAACAAGCACCACAGUGUCAACAGCACCUCAAGCUCCUGUAACAACGAUUGCACCGCCUGCUGCUGCCGCUGCCCCUGCCCCUGCCCCUGCCCCUGCCCCUGCCCCUGCCCCUGCACCUGCACCUGCACCUGCACCUGCACCUGCACCUGCACCUGCUCCUGCUCCUGCUCCUGCUCCUGCUCCUGCUCCUGUUUCAUCAGCUAAUGCUGUGUCAGAGACUGAUGUAUAUGGCCAAGCAGCAUCUAAUUUGGUUGCUGGAAGUAACUUGGAGGGAGCAAUCCAGCAAAUUCUUGAUAUUGGUGGAGGGACUUGGGAUAGAGAUACUGUUGUUCGUGCUCUUCGUGCUGCUUUCAACAAUCCUGAGAGAGCUGUUGAAUACUUGUAUUCUGGUAUUCCUGAUCAAGCUGAAGCUCCACCUGUAACUCGUGUCCCUGUGAGUGGGGAAGUUGCAAAUCCUCCAGCCCAACCUCAGCAGCCAGUGCAACCUUCAACUGUUCCUUCUACUGGACCCAAUGCUAAUCCUCUAGAUCUUUUUCCACAGGGUGUUCCCAACAUGGGAUCAGGUGCUGCUGGUGCUGGCACUCUUGAUUUUUUACGGAACAGUCAACAGUUUCAAGCAUUGAGAGCUAUGGUGCAGGCUAACCCACAGAUAUUGCAGCCUAUGCUUCAAGAGUUGGGGAAACAAAAUCCCCAUCUAAUGAGGCUUAUUCAAGAGCAUCAGGCUGACUUUCUUCGCCUCAUCAAUGAACCUGUUGAAGGUGGAGAAGGGAACAUCUUGGGGCAGCUGCAAGCAGCAAUGCCACAGACAGUAACAGUUACACCUGAGGAACGUGAAGCAAUAGAACGUCUUGAAGCGAUGGGUUUUGAUCGGGCACUUGUAUUAGAGGUGUUCUUUGCCUGCAACAAGAACGAGGAGCUGGCUGCCAACUACCUCCUAGAUCACAUGCAUGAGUUUGAGGAUUGAUUUUGUUGGAAAUACUCUGAAUGCUCCUGCACAAUGCCUGGAAAAAAAAAUGUUCCUUUUCCCCUCUCUUUUCUAUAUUCUCCUCAUCUUCAUUUUAUAAUUAAGUUUCGAGUCUGGAGUUUUAUAAUUGUGAAGUUUUUAGACAAGGAACAAGAUGUAACAUUCCUCCCUCCAGUUUCCGCCUCGUUAGGAUCUUUUAAUAUUUUACAUACAUGGUUGUCUGGGUAAUUUGCUUUCAUUGUGUAUACUUUGCUUGGACUGGUGAUGCCAUUAAUCAAAUUCGUCGAGGUUUUACAGAA